AUGGAGUCAGCCUCGCAGCCUAUUGAAUAUGUCGAGUGUAGACAUCCGCUCUUCGAUGUUGACCAACUCGAAGAGCCUGCCGAGACAGACCAACUAUGCGGGAAACGCAUCAAGACGUUGACCGAUAUUCUGCUCAACGGGGGCAGGGGCGUAUACGACAAGCUGCUGGAUUUUCAUGGCUGGGGUUAUAAGUAUAACACUGAUUCUCAUUCUUCCCUUCAGCCAAGGCGGGCAAAAGUGGCUAUCCUGGUGAAAAUCAUCUGGAAUCAAGCUGAAUAUCACCAGCCCAAGUCAGUAGAAGAACUCUUCAACUGGGAAAGGGACGCCGGCCCUCGAUUGCUGAGACAGGGGUGUGUUCAGGGGUUGAACAAUUACCUACCCAUAAGUAGGCGUUCUCCUGAUCCCCCAAGGGUUUUGCAAGCAUCAAACUCACGGACCCGUGGAUCUGUUAGGACUUCAGGUGAUCUACCGGAGGAGUAUGUGAAGGUUAUGGAGAAACAACUAUUUGGUAUUGGUAGGCUCGACGAAGAGCUUCUGGAACUUGCGACACCAGAAGGGGACCAAACUGAAGAAGAACAAAGCGAACACAUUGAAAGUAGUACUGACAGCUCGGAAGAUUCCGAACAUACAGAGUGGGUCCCUUCAACCAGUCCUGAGGACCAGGAAGUCGAGGAUGAAAUGACCGAACUCGAAGAGGAGGAAACCUCUGACCGUGAUGACGGGGAUCCUAUGGAAGAAUGUUCCUCGGGUGGCAGAACACCAACUCAUACUACAAAAGUGGAAAGCCCUGCUACGCAGCAUAGAGAAAGCUUCUCAGAGAGCCGGAGACCAAGUGGACAGAACACCGAAGGUGUCAGUGACCCUAACACCACAACUUCUACAUCCCAGCAGUUCCGGAGAGCAGAACCACUACCUACCCAGCAUGCUCAGUUAGUUACUGAGGCAGUGCAACGUGCUGUCAUGAAAUUCGCUUAUCACGAGCUUGAACGCCAUCAGACUGCUGCCCCGUUGGACAUGCCACGACAAUGGCUGACCGCCACCUUAAAUACCAUGAACAAUGUCCAGUACAGCUUACACCCAGUAACAGCUGAGGUAGAGCUGCACUUCUCAGACAACCCGCAACGCCCCCGGUAUACCAGGUCUUAUAGAGGCCGAGGCCCUGUUAGCACGAACUGCAGCGAAAGUGCGAUUGGCUGUGCUAUCAUCGCAGGCCGACUGCUAGAUGCCGGGUCCACCAACAUCGACCGCAAGCAGCCGGGCUGGCAGAAUCGCUUCACAGCUACUGAGCGAGCCUUCAUUGAAGCGACCGAUGCUCAAUGGGAUUUUCUCGAUAGAGAAGUGAGUCUUGGGCUAGUCGAAUGCUAUGCUAAGUUGCUCCCAGAAAAUGCUCAACUGGGCACGGGGCCUACUCAGGAUAUGCGAACCGUCUGGCGCACUUUUACGCGUAGUUUUGACCAGUUCGCGUACUCAUACAAUGAAGAGACUACUGCGCACUGUGAGUGUGGGUCAUCCAGGGAUAGCAAAACCACUGUGGAUGGCACCCGCUUGACCACUCUGGCACCGCCUGUGCUCGAGACUGAUCGGAACGGCGUAAGUAUGGAGGAAGUGCUAUCUCGGGUAUUUGACCCUCAGCGCCAGAGAACCUGCAUCGAAUGUAACCACUCGGUUAACUAUGAGAGACGAUUCAAUAACGUCCCCAUGCGCCCGGUAGUGGAACUCGGUCCUAAUGUGUCUAUACGGUCGCAUACAAAGGACAUUACCCUAUCAUAUCAUGAUGAUGCUGGUUUAUUGUGCCUCUUGUGGACUGGUGCCGAACGUGGGGUGCGCUGCACGAACCUGUGUUCGUAUGAAAGCCAUUUGCACGACGGAGCCAUACUUGGACUUCCCAUGGCAGAAACCCGCCCGGACCAAGUGCCUGAGCAUUUUUGGAGGAAUCAGCAGAUCCCCUUGCUCUUCUACGAGCGGGUUAUGAACCCGAGUAUUGGCGAGCUCCAAGUAGCUGUGAGUGCAGUUAGCGGCAUGCUAGAGUCUGCCUCCCAGGGUGAGCUUUUCCUCCAGCAAAGUCCUGGUUGGGCCCCGCCCGAACUACCACCUCGGCAGCAGAACCAAUAUCCUUGGAUACCUUUACUGCCUGAAAGUAUGAGACGCUUUAAAUGUGCCAAUUCAGAUCUUCGAGACAUGCUAGUCCGAGGUACGCAACCCCAGGCGCAACCCCAGGUACAACCCCAGAGACAACCCCAGGUACAACCCCAGGUGCAACGCCAAGAGCAGGCUGCACCUAGCAGGCCUAGAAGAGCGCGAGCACAGCCUUACGUUCCAGCUCAUCCAUACGCGAUUAUGUCCAUGUCCCCCACACCGAUCAUGUCAGCAGAUACGCCAUCCCCUGCGAUCAUGAUGUCAGCUUCACCGUAUGUAGGUGGUGCAAUGCCACCGCCUCCUAGGGCCAGGCCGAUGUAUAUAACUAGGCCAGAAUAUUAUGUGCCUCCUGCCAGUCCUGUUCGGCAACACCCCCCUCUCCAUAAUGCAGCUCUCCAUGGGUCUUUGGCUCCCUCUCCUGUAGCCUUGCCUCAACAGAGAGUCGCUUACAGUCCGGGGAUUCCGACCACCAAUCCACCCUCUUAUGAAGUCGUACAGGCGAUGACCAACCAAAUGCAGCUGACACACCCGGGUCAAUCCUCCUCGCCGCGACAACAACCACAGCUACCACCAACCCAUCCGGAGUAUUGGGUGAAUAGACCCGGCCACCAUGGGCCUCGCCACUGAGGUCUUCACCUGCAGCCCCGCCAGACGCAAGACGACCAUGAAGACAUGCUAGCCAACCAAAAAUGAAGAGCGAUGGAUUGAGACUCUCCCCCCUACAGCUUGGGUUCGGGUUUCAGAUAUGAUAG